AUGACCCUCCUCCUUCUUCUCCCCACCUCCCACGUUCCGCUGCUCUGUAAUUCCUCCCACGAUCUCCCCUUAUUUCUCUCUUGCCUUCACGAUUGCGUAUGGAGCACGCCUCCAUAUCCAUUGGAAAACCGCCCAAGUCCAAAGAGCUUCUCUUUCCCCCUCUCCAGUAACUUCUCCGCCGACAACCACUGCAAUCCGUCGUGCGUAAUCGUCAUUUUCGUCACUACAGAUUGUUCAUCAACUUUGUUCAGAUUAAAGGAAUUCAAUUAUGUUGAUCGUGAAUCUGAAGUAGAAGAUGAGAGGCUAAUAACAAAAAGGUGUUUGGGAAUCACUCAUUUCGAUGCAACCAAAGAGAGGCCAUACAUAUCAGAUGCCUACUCUUAUUUGUCCUGGUAUGUAAAUUGCUCUUUUGCACAUGAACAGUUCCUAUGUUUGGAGUUCUUGGUCGAAUUAACAGAUUCUAAAUGGAUCAUCAAAGAAACGAAAGCAUCAUAUAAGAAAAGAAGUUUAAAAGAGUCUCAUCCCAAGUGGCACAGAACGAGGAGUCAUGUGAUGUGAAAUAUGAAAUAUGAAAGAGAGAUACCCUAUUUUGGCUUCCAUACUAAAUUUAGAGUGAAGCAUAAGCCAUAAUCACUACAAGUAAAAGUGAUAUUUGGCUUCAUAGCCAUAAGGGAUAAUUAAUGUAGAAUUGUCAUGAUUUUUUUUCUUAAUGGGUCCUGUAAAUCUUGGUUUGUGUUCUCGAUGCCCUUUAAUGUCCUCUCUGAUUCAUAAUACUAUGGAUCUAAUAUAAUUGGAGU